GGACCCACUGGAAAUGUGACCUCACAGGAAGAUGCGUCUUGUAGGCGGCAGCUGUGAGGUCUGGUUCCCUGACGUGCUGCAGCAACUGCCUUCCCAGCCCUGCCUGUGGGCUCCCUCCAUGCCCAACUCUGCCAUGGACACCAGAGUCCUCUCCUGUGUGGUCAUCUGUCCUCUAGGGACAGGUCUCUCAAAUGCCGGCAUCACACAGAACCCAAGACACCUGGUCAGGAGGAGGGGACAGGAGGCAAGACUGAGAUGCAGCCCAACGAAAGAACACAGUCAUGUUUAUUGGUAUCGGCAGCUCCCAGAGGAAGGUCUGAAAUUCAUGGUUUAUCUCCAGAAAGAAAAAAUCAUAGAUGAGUCAGGAAUGCCAAAGGAACAGUUUUCUGCUGAAUUUCCCAAAGAAGGCCCCAGCAUCUUGAGGAUCCAGCAGGCAGAGCAAGAAGACUCAGCAGCUUAUUUCUGUGCCAGCUCACGUCACUGUGUGAACACUGAAGCUUUCUUUGGACAAGGCACCAGACUGACAGUUGUAGAGGACCUGAAAAAGGUGUUCCCACCCAAGGUCGCUGUGUUUGAGCCAUCAGAAGCAGAGAUCUCCCACACCCAAAAGGCCACGCUGGUGUGCCUGGCCACAGGCUUCUACCCCGACCACGUGGAGCUGAGCUGGUGGGUGAACGGGAAAGAGGUGCACAGUGGGGUCAGCACGGACCCACAGCCCCUCAAGGAGCAGCCCGCCCUCGAGGACUCCAGAUACUGCCUGAGCAGCCGCCUGAGGGUCUCGGCCACCUUCUGGCACAACCCCCGCAACCACUUCCGCUGCCAAGUCCAGUUCUAUGGGCUCUCGGAGGAUGACGAGUGGACCGAGGACAGGGACAAGCCCAUCACCCAAAAGAUCAGCGCCGAGGCCUGGGGUAGAGCAGAUCCGCAGUAUUUUGGCCCAGGCACCCGGCUGACAGUGCUCGAGGACCUGAAAAAAGUGUUCCCACCCAAGGUCGCUGUGUUUGAGCCAUCAGAAGCAGAGAUCUCCCACACCCAAAAGGCCACGCUGGUGUGCCUGGCCACAGGCUUCUACCCCGACCACGUGGAGCUGAGCUGGUGGGUGAACGGGAAAGAGGUGCACAGUGGGGUCAGCACGGACCCACAGCCCCUCAAGGAGCAGCCCGCCCUCGAGGACUCCAGAUACUGCCUGAGCAGCCGCCUGAGGGUCUCGGCCACCUUCUGGCACAACCCCCGCAACCACUUCCGCUGCCAAGUCCAGUUCUAUGGGCUCUCGGAGGAUGACGAGUGGACCGAGGACAGGGACAAGCCCAUCACCCAAAAGAUCAGCGCCGAGGCCUGGGGUAGAGCAGACUGUGGCUUCACCUCUGAGUCUUACCAGCAAGGGGUCCUGUCUGCCACCAUCCUCUAUGAGAUCUUGCUAGGGAAGGCCACCUUGUAUGCCGUGCUGGUCAGUGCCCUCGUGCUGAUGGCCAUGGUCAAGAGAAAGGAUUCCUGAGGCUAGCUCCAAAGCCAUCCCGGGUCAUUCUUCAUCCUCACCCAGGAUUCUCCUGUACCUGCUCCCAAUCUGUGUCCCUAAAAGUGAUUCUCUCUCUGCUUCUCAUCUCCUUAUGUGAAUACUUCCCUCUUUUUGCUAUUUCCCUGAAGAUUGAGCUCCCGACCCCCAAGUUUGAAAAAGACUAAACCAAUAAAAAAUGGUUGUGCUGAGCCUGGUUGCA